AUGAAGCUGCUGCUACUGCCGCUUCUGCUUUUUGCGGGCAACUUGAAAGCUGAUGAACCGAAAAGAGCGAAGCUCAUCUGCGAUUUGACGGCCGAGCCGUGGAGCCAUUCGCAGGGAUGCACGGAGGUGACGCGCGAGAUCGUCGACAAAGACCCGGGCGUCGCCUUCAAAGAAAUUGUCGACCUCGGCACUUUUAUCUACGAGAUCGUAUAUGUCGACGGCUUUGACCUAACUGAGCAAGAAGCAGGGAAGUAUUGGCCCCAGCGGCCGAUGGAAUUGCGUGCGUUCAACGUGCGGUUCAACGCACUCUACAGGCACUACUUCCCCGAUCAGUACAUCACCUGCGACGUCACCGGCCCACCCUACCAUCCCGUGCACGGCUGCAAGCAGCUGACGCGCACCCAAGCAGACCCUGACUGGGGCAUCGCCUUCGAGGAGGAGCUCAACUACAAGACCUACAACGUCACCUGGGUGACGUACGUCAACGACCUCAAAGGUAACGACUGGGCCGACGAGCCGAUGCAGCUGGCAACGGCGCUCAGCCCGGGUUUCCGCGAACUCGUCGAAUUCAACUUCCCGAACGGCAAAUACGAUUUCGGGGACCCGAGCGGCGUCCCAAGGGUGAAGCGACCCGAAGGCGGCGUUCCCUACCAGCAACACUGGCUGUAUCCCGCGUCAACACCACCACCAACGACGCGGCUGCCCUUCCAUGUCCCGCCGGAUCUGCUGGCGAUGGUCCUGUUGGGGAUGUUAGAGCUGGGAUUGGUGGCGUGUCUCGUCCUUUACUGCGUCCACGAGAUCAGGAAUAUACGCCGGAUUCGGCGGGAACGAAAAGAGCUCGCUGCGGCCCAGGAAGCUGGAAAAAACACGUCAAAAAUGCUGGAAGCGACGAGCAGCACCAUGAAAAAUGAGGCGGAUGCGGCGAACGCGACAAACACGGCCGACGCGCCGCAGCAGCCACCCGACGCCGGGCUGGUGAAGCCCGGA